AUGAAUUUUUUUCUGCGUGGUGUUCUAGUUGGGUUAUUAAUAUCUGAAAUCGAAGUAUCUCAGGCAAUUCUUUGUAAGGAAGCGUCUCUUUCUUGUCCUGUGAUAACUCGCAAUCAUCGCCGACUUAAAGGCUUCAAGUUCAAAACAUUUCACCUUGCGAGCCUGAUAUCCUGUGGUUUGCUAUGUCAGAGAGACCCUCGAUGCGUUUCAACAAAUUUCAGAAAAGUUUUCAAAAGUGAGGGAACCUGUGAGUUGAACGACAGAGGAGCUCUCCUAACUGAGAAAGGAAACGAAUUGGAAUACGACGAAGAAGCAAUUUACACCCAAUUUUACGACACGAAGGUAACAAAAAAAAUCUCGAUAAAAGACCAAGAAGAAGGUGUUAUUGAUUCCGCGAGACACUUGUCUUUCGUUCGUGGUAUCUUUCUCAUAAAAUCUUCAUAUUUCGACGACAGAUGUGAAAACUUUCCAUCUGUCAUAUUUUUCUUUGAUUGUUUUUAUCGUUUGUUCCUAAAGUAAUUUGACGUGUAUGCGGGUAAAAUGGUGGUUUUUCAUCUUUUUCUUUUAAAUUCGAAUGGACCACAUUUCACUGAGUGCUGAUAAUCAAAAUGUUGUACUAUCGUUUAAAAAAAAAAUGAGAAAUUUUUCCUAAGUGGGAAUUUAAAUCUCGGUAUCAAUGGAGACAAUAUAUGCAAACUGCUCCGAAACUCAAUAAAGUUUAAUAUAUUUCAAGUUGAAAGUUCUUAAAUAAAUUCAGGUGGACCGAAUUCAGAAUAAAAUUUUUAGCUUGAAGCUAAAACUUUCAAGAUGUAUCUAAAGGCCUUCAAUUAGCUCACUUGUGCAGUCUCCAUACAGUGAUGAACCCGGAAGACUAAUUGAUUUCCCGAUGAAAUAAAAAAUGAAUGAUUUUUUUUGUUUUCAGCUCCACGGUCAGGUCUUCAAGGAAGAUUUAAAAGUCGUCAACUGCAAAUGUAAGUAGCAUUGGUUUGAAAGGUAUUCUUGAGAUUAAAGUCAACGACUUCGUGUUUAAAUUACAAUGAGUUACUUGUCCCGGCUGCUUCUUGUCUCUCCGCCAAUAGGUGCGGAGUCUGUCGUCCUCGCGAACCUUCGCGGACCCUCACAAACAUUCCCGAACCUGCUUGAAACAUUUCGAUUCUUACAGUUUCCUUGAAAGUCCACGAACGCUGUCAAAAAAAUUGCUAAGGAAACUGUUGUCUAGGUUACUUCUAAAUCAAAGUGGAAAUCAAGCCUUUAAUUCCCAUGAGUGACCAAGACAGAAUUUCUCCUUACAAUAACCAUACAAUAUCAAUCAGACAGGUGAUGAGAAUAAUGAAAGAUAAGUUUGAGGAUUUUCUAGUUGAUCCAGUACCAAAUUCUCAGAACUAGCAUCAUAAGAGUUGUAUAGCAGACAGUAAGGAGAAUUAAUAAUGAGAUCUUAAAACUGAAGGAUUAGGGAAACAAGAAACUGCUGAAGAAGCCGAGGACCCUCACUUCGUUAUUCACAACUUCGAAUGCUGGUGUGCCGCCUACAAAAUGCAUCGCGAAAACACGAUAGCGUUGAGUCAUCAAUAUGGGAAGCAAUUUAAAAAUAUCCAGCAAUUAGACAAGAUAGACUCCAGUGAAUCAAAAACCUCUGAAUAUUCCAAGGGUGCCGUAGUAAAUUUUAACCGUUUUGGGUACGAAUUUUCAUUUGUAAGAGAGCUUUGACCAUCACUUGUAAGUCGGAGAGAUUUUACUCACGCGAAAGUUUUUAUCUUUAUCAAACUUUUUUUUUAUUAUAAUGCUUGAGAUAAAGUAGAAAGGUGAAACUGCACUUACUUUUGCAUUUCUAUUCAACCGUUUUCAAAAUCAUCCUUUAUUCCAUGAUAUACAAAUCAAAGUCUGUGCGAUUGCAUUUGUCUGUCUCAAUUUCAGGUGCGGAAUCACCAAAAGCCCCAGUCCCCCUUGGCAUGGAAAGCGGUGCUAUUUUUGACUCACAGAUCACCGCUUCCUCCAUAUAUACUGAUAACUUUGCCGCAUCGAAUGCUAGAUUACAUUUCAGAGGAUCCAAAAACCCGCUUAGAUAUGCUGGCUGGGUACCUAAAGUGAAAAACACUAACCAAUGGCUGCAGGUGGAUCUUCAGCAAACCACAAGGGUAAUAGGCAUAGCGACGCAAGGGAGACAUGAAUUCGACCAGUGGGUUACCGAAUACAAGUUACAAUAUGGCGAUGAUGGACUAUCUUUCAGAGUUUACCAGCGAAACGGAUACAUAUCAGACACGGUAUGAAAAAAUAUGCUUAAUUGGACAAACCUUUUUGCGGAGAAAAAGUCCCCAUGAGGAAUAGAACCUUUUUGUAUUCUGCACUCUAAUUCUCUUCCACUGAGCCACAAAGCAGUUACACUAGGCUGGGCUAUAUACUCUCUGUCAUUGAACCUAUAGAAAAGCAUUUACGAAAGUUAUAAGUUAAGAGUAACUCGUGCUGUAAAAAAAAAAAAAAAAACUUACGCUCGUUAAUUUUACGCCCAAAUAUAUUCUGCUCAGGUUUUCCCUGGAAACAAGGACAGAGACACAGUAGUUUACCACGAUCUUAACCCGCUCAUUUAUGUUCGCUAUGUUCGAGUUCUUCCGAUGUUAUGGAAAGGGACGAUCGCUAUGAGGAUCGAGCUUUAUUCUUGUUAAGGUAACCUACUGGUCCACUUGUGUAGCAAUAGCCAAGAUUUUUGUGAAAAACGUAUUCUGGGAGACGGAAGGUGUGCGUUGGAUAAGGGUGAGCUUUAAUAGACUGACAUUACAUUUAACCCUUUAGCUCCCAAGAUCUUCAUUCUAAUUCUCCCGUCUAACUGCUACACAUUCCUUGCAAAUCAGGUACAAGAAUUAGAUGUUAGAUCAGGAUAACAACUUUUACCUGAUAAGUUUGAAUAUUCUCAUCACCUGUUUGCAAGAUAUAUGUAUGGGUAUUUUAGGAAAGUUUCAUGUUAAUCACUUCUGGGAGUUAAAGGGUUAAGAGCGCUAGCAGUGCUCAGAAACCAAAGCGAGCCCCGGUUUAAGGCCAGUUUCCCUUUGAGUUUUACACAUGUUUGUAAUUUGUCAUCGAAAGAGCUCACGCACUUCACAUAACAUCUCUAACCCCUAUGUUUGUUUACUAAAAUACAUUUUUUGUUUUUGAUAGAGAACCAGAUACUCUUCAUUUGUUUAAAACUUGUUUAAAAGCAAAAGAGUCUCAACUGAAGGGAAGAAUUCACCUUUUUGGCGUUAUAGUGCUCUUGUAGUGUCACGUGACUUCUGAUGUAAACAAACCGCGAAAGUUUAGACUUUGAGUCAACCAUCCACGGCUUGAGUGCGAACUUCGGCUUCGGCAUUUUGUCGUGAAUAGUUUCCCUCUGUCGCGCCAUGGAAUAACAGAAUCAUGUUUCAUAUCGUAUUGCGUGGAAUGUUUUAUGUAACGCAAAGGGGAAAUCCUGCCAAAUCCAGCUCAAUCCUCAAGAGCAGUUGUAGCUUAGAAUAGGAGAUCCCAAAAUUUGAGACGGUUUCAACGCUAUAAAUGGGGUAGAACCUUAAAAUAUCAUCGGAGACGGGGCAUUUCAGUGAGCAGAUAUUUCAAAACUUUAUGUGUGGAUAUCGCCUCCACAAUCGAAAACAUGGAUCUAUCACUGUGUCCAAAUUUAGAAAAAGACGACGCCACUACUCCAGGCAAAUUAAUAAUUCAUGAUAUGUUUAUUCUCGAUCUAGUUUUUUUGAAGACUGUGAACAAUUUUAACGCUUCGCGGCCGUUUGGAUUGUAGGACAUUUCUAAUCAUUUGAUUUACAACUCCACCGAGUCAGGCAAGGACUCGCCGCUUAUAAAUCAUUUGAAGAUUAUCGCCUAUUCGAUGAUCGUUUGUUACGUAUCGUAAGCAUCAGAAGUCUCGUGACACUGCACGUGAAAUCUAACACCGAAAAGGUGAAUCAUCAAUCAGACCCUGGAAGUCUGACGGUUAAGGCAGGGGAAUCGAGAAAAAGGACCAGAAACUAUCUUAACAUGCUUUUUAAUGCUGUUUUUGUUUCCUUAUUUUUCAUAUAGAAUAACAGCUGUUUGUGGAUUACAAAGUACAACAGCAGUUUGAUUCGCUGGCUAAUUAAUUAUUGGUCGUUUUAGCUUAAUAGUCGUUAUAAUUCGUAAUGUCAGGGAUAUGCACCAAUGGCAGCACAUUAAAACGCACCUGUAAAAACGAACUAGCGAACGUGCUCUUUUGGAGACUCGUGUUCAAUCAACCUCAGUGCCUAACGAGAACCGAUUGUGAAAACAAACCAAUCUCUCGUGAAAAUGUAUAAUAUAUCAUACUCUCUUCACCACUUUAACAAAGUGAUAAAUAUUGUAUCGCAGGAAAGUGACACAUGUGUUCAUUAACGAAAAAAGUGACAAGAAACCUCUGACGAGUUUGCAUGCAGUUAAAACGUGUUUAGCAGUUGUAACUGAUGAAAUUAUUUAAUAAACUAUGUACCUCUAGUUAAAUUUGUAAGUCAGCAAAUGAACCUUGCGAGUAAAUGUGAUUCGAAUAGUCAGAUUUAACGCUCAGAAAUUGUUGAGAAAUAAUCGCACAAUAAAGGAAGUUGUUACAACCGUGAAGGUUUCGACUUUUUAGAGCAAAAAUGGCUAUGAGAGAUUUAUGGAAACACAUAAAGCCAUCACGAAAUCAUUGAAAGUCCUAGAAUUUUUGCAAUGGAUGAAUCUGAUAUUAUAGUUUCUUCAUUAAUCAAAUUGUGACAUGUGUUUCUAGUAGGAUUCGAACCUGCAAUUCUUCGUGUAUAAGGUGGACGUGAUAACCACUCCACUACAGGAAAGGGGCUUGUAAGCAUGGCUUUGCCCGCCAAGAGCAUAUCGGCGCAAUUUUGAUUUUAUUUCUGGUUACUUUUACAUUCGCUGAGCCGGGUUACAAUUUUGACUAACUUAAGCUUUAAUGUCAUUUUGACAGUGCACGUGUUGUAUUAUCAGAGAGCUCAAUUUUAAAUUUUUUUUCGUUGCUGUUUAUUGAAUAAAGAUUAAACUCACGCAUACAACAUUUGCAACUGCAGAAGACAUGGCCACAGGUAAAUGAUGGCUUUGCAUUGUUAUUUUUCCUCGUGAAAAAACAAUCAUACCGACUGUUGCUGUAACAUGAUUUUAUAUUCAAAUUAGUUAUAAACUGCGUCCUCUUCAUAUGAAUUUCUUUUCGUUAUUUAGGUAUCAAAGUUCCUCUGUCGUUCAUAUCGCAGAUUCCUGUUGCUAUUUUAAAACUUGACAUUUUAGGGAAAUCGAGAACUUCUUUGACACUGCAAACCGUAGGAUGCUAAGCUUACAGAAUGAAAGAUUGAAGGUGAAUCCUGAUAGUCGGCUAUUAUGUAAGUUAUAGCGCUAUGAGAGGAUAGAGUUUUCAUUUGCGGCAGCCCAAUGAGAUGUCGAGAGUUAAGAGAGAUGAGCCGCUCAUUUUUGCAUAUGACUGGAAGUAGAAUCGCAUUAUCCUCAACUCAGUUGUAACUGGCUAUGUGUAGUUUACUACAAAGUGUGUUUUAUUUAAGAGAAUAAGUGUUAGUUACGAAGAGAGUUUUUCUUUUAAGAUAAUAAGUGCUGAAUAAAUUAUAGAGAAACUUCUGGAUACCAAUUACUAUUUCAACAGCUGCACUGAAGCUUCUAUAGUUCACAACAACAUUUGAAUGAUAACAAUUUAUAAAGCGGAUUUGAAAUUUAUUAUCUUCGCAACGGUAAUGAGGCUUCUAGCGUUGACCAGGAUAUUUAAAUGACAACAACUGAUAAACUAGAUUUUAAUUUUAAGGAAAGGCAAAAUUCACGGUUUUGUUUAGUCUUUAGUUUUCAUUCCUUGAAUCAAAUGAUAUAUUUCAAUGUUUAUUCAGACAGAUAUGGUUGACGUAAUUAACACUUGGCACAGACAAAUACUUUCAAAUCAAACUCGCGCUGCGCGCUCGUUCAAUUUUGGAAUCACGCGUAUGAUUUCAGCCCAAAUUGCACUCCACUCAAUUCAAUUACCAUUAUUAAUUAUUCUGUUAUUCAGCUCUCAGAGCAUCCUUUCAAUUAGCCCGUCUAUUUGACCAUAAUUGGACAGAAAAGAAAUAUAUCUGGAAAGAAAUUAUUAAAUAAACAUCUACGAACUCCUUUUACGUUAAUUACAUGGGGGGACGCAAGCGGCCUCAACUGUAAGUACUUUUUAGAAAUGCUAGGAUAUUAUCCUGGCAUUCCUAACAUUCCGAGCUGCGCGAGAGUGUCAAAAUCCGUGCGCAUGUCACAGAAAUGUCACUAGACCUAAAGUACGCUAGAUAGGAGGGCGAAUAAAUCGUGUGGAUAUAUUUCUCUCUAUAAUCCACAAUGUAACGCAAAGGAACCGGCCGAGGAUUAAAGGCACUAUUGAUUGCGUGUGAAACAAAAGUAUUAGCUGAUGACAUUUUGAUAUCAGGCAUUAAUUAAUUUAUCUUCUCGUAUUUAUUCGCCCUCAUCUGACGUACUUUAGGUCUAGUGACAUUUCUGACAUACGCACGGAUUUUGACACUCUCGCGAAGCUCGGAAUGUUAGGAAUGCUAAAUUAAUAUCCUAGCAUUUCUAAAAAGUACUUACAGUUGAGGCCGCUUGCGUCCCCUCAUGAUCUUCCCGAAGCUGUUAUAAAGCUGAUUAUACGAACCUAAGGCAAAGUGUCGACCAAGAAAACAAAACGAAAUGAAUUUUUAUCUGUGUGCUGUUCUAGUUGUGUUAUUAAUGCCCAAAGUCGUAGCAUCUCAAGCAUUUCUUUGUAAGGAAGCGUCUCUUUCUUGUCCUGUGAUAACUCACAAUCAUCGCGUCACGCUUAAAACAUUUCACCUUGCAAGCUUGGUAUCCUGUGGUUUGCUAUGUAAGAGAGACCCUCGAUGCGUUUCAACAAAUUUCAGAAAAGUUUCCAAAACCAAGGGAACCUGCGAGUUAAACGAUCGAGGAUUCUUCCCUCUUGACGAAGGAAAAGAACUGGAAUGUGAUAAAGAAGCUAUUUACACUCAAUUUUAAGUCAAAAAGGUAACAAAAAUUUCUCUUAUCUAGUUUAGUAAUGAGCCACAUAAGAAGUGGGCAUAUUCAAAAAGUGUGCAUCUGUUUAUCCACAGGAAAGCAUCUAAAUAAAGGACGGAAAAGCUACGAUCUUUGCUUUAUCACGAGAUGAGGACUAAGCUUACUGAUGAAUUCUCUGUUGGGCGGUAGUGGAAUAUCAGAACACGAAAUCCUCUGACUUGAGAUUUUAUUUUAUUCGAUUUUAUUUGUGACAUCUUUCUGGUAAAAUAAUUAUCUUUCCCACGUUAGAAGUACAAAUUUACCAUCUUUCUUAUCUGUCUUGGCAAUGUGCCUAUCCCUUUAUCCUUGUCAAGUUAGACUAUGGUGCAACGUCGAGUUUUCAUCAGUCUAUUGAUAAUCGCGAGUGAAGAAUAGGUAGCGGCGUUACUGCGAAUAUCGACUUAUAAAACGAAUGGGCUAUUUUCCAAAUUUUCAGUAUCUUUGGAGAAAUGAUACUUGCAAAGUCCUCCAAAGAACAAUGCAGUUAAAGUUAAUUGAGUUGAGUCUUCUUAAAUAAUUUUGUGGACAGAAAGAAGGUAGCAUUCAUGAUUUGAGCCAAAAACUGAAGUUUUUAGCUUUAUGUUAAUAAUUUAAAGAUGAGUCGCUAUUUGAUGAUUAACUAGGAUGACUAGUUGAUUUCGUCAAUACGUAUGGAGUCUCGUUAACAAUUGCAGACGCCGGCUUAAACAAAUUCGUGACAGCCUCCUUUUUCGUCUUUGCAAUUAUCCGGGCUGCUAAGCCUGCGCCCACUUGCCCUGGGUGGUUGUUUUAUUAACUGAGUUAAUAACGUAAAUUGGCCACCAUAAAGAGUUUCAAAGGUGACGUUUCAAGCGUUAGCACUUCGUCUCUCGCUCUGACGAAGGGCUAACGCUUGAAUGUCACCUUUGAAACUCUUACUGGUUAAGAAUAUAUGAAGGUCAUAUAUUUGAACUGCGGAUAAAGACAUGAAUGAAAGUGAUCUUCGCAGUGAUGUGCACCACUUAGGCAGUAGUGAAAAUAAGGCCUGAAAAAAAAUUCAGGCCUGUACGGGAUUUUUGCAAAUUUACGUUAUCGACUCAGUUGAUAAAACCUUAUUACCUUAACAUUUAUUUGAUCAGAAAAAUUCGCCAAGCUUUGUUAUUAUAUCGCUUACAGUACCCGUGGGCAGUAUGAAAUGAACCCUGUUCUCUGAUUGGCUACCUAAGCGGGCAAGAUGGUCCAUCACAGUCUUGGCGAUAUAGUGGCAAAAAACUCGGCAGAGGGAGGUUAAAACAAAGAAAACAUAAACAACUCAAUCGGGUUUGCUCUACUACAAACACAGUUGGCUUUCUCGUCCGGCUCUUUACAAAAAAAAAACACAAGUCAAUCUUGAUUCGUAAGACAGCGAAACCUUUUUAUGACAAAUUCUUAAUUGACCAAGCUUGUUCAGUCAAGAUGGCUGGAUAUUAGCCUCGUUCUUUUUUCCUGCUUUUACGGACCUCGACUUCGUUUCGGUUCAUAAAAAGGUAAAAACGGAACUCGGAUAAUAUCCCGUCAUCUUGACCUCACGUUUGGUCAAUAACGCAUGUAUAUUUGAACCCUGUAGGAAGACCAACAUAUUGGUCAAACGGCUGCGCAUGCGCGCUUAAUUUAAAGCAACUUAAAUAAAUUGCCAUUGUAGAUACGGAGAGGCCUAAGUGCGGCAUAUUUUUUUGUGCAUUUUUUUAAAGAAAGUCCGAACUUCUUAAGACUAAGACUUAUAUACGUUGUUGUUUUAUACUCUCCCCACUUUGUGCUAGUUUACACACUUAUUUAUUAAUUAUUUUUUUUACACUUUCCACGGUGGCGCAAUAAAGUCGCUCGUAAGCUUGGUCGUGCUGGCGGUAGUAGUUUUUCCAUGGUGGAAUUGCCGGUAAACAUCGAGGGAAAUGCGUUAGAAAGGAAAGAACCAGAGCUACAAAAGAUACUUAUGAGGAUAGCAGGUCUAUAGUUUUCGCUCACAGUAGACUGGGAAGAACUGCAGGGUUAGAGAAAGGUUCUGUCAUUUGCCUUCAUAACCGAAAAGAAGCGUCUGUGUCAAAAACUGUUGGGAUAUGUCAUAAUAAAAAACAAAAUAAAACAAAAACAACAAGAUUUUGACUCCAAAAUUCUUCCUAUGUAUUGGGCAUAUUUUGUCUGCGAAGUGUACUAUUUGCUUUCAAAUAUGUGAUGUCUAAACUAUGAGCAUUUCGUUUCGUUUCCUUCGAUGAAAACUAUUUUGUUUCAUCACGCUAUAGCUUGCAGCCAUCGCUGAUUAUAAAUUGUUAUCACUUAAAUGUUAUUUUGCUUUGAUGCAGUUGAAGACAUAAUAACUGGUGUCUAGAAGUUUCUAAAAAAUUUAGUGAGUACCACUUUAAUUUUCAACUCAGUUGUAACUGAGUAUAUUUUGUCUGCGAGAAGUGUUUUUCUAAAGAGUGUCUUUUUAAAGAGGUUAAGUACUUCAUAAAUUAUUCAGAAACUUCUACGGUAGAUAACAAUAUUAAUAUCUCAACAACUACUUCCACGAGUCUAUAGCUAACAGGAAAGUCUAUAUGAUAACAACUGAUAAACUAGAAAAAUUUAAUGGACGGUAGGGUCAAUUUUUUAUUUUAAAUCUCUGAAUCAAAUAAGAUCUUUGUUCAUUCAGAAAGAAAUGGCUGACGAGAUUAAUAUUUGUCGCGGAAAUGUCAUCUUCUUUAACAUCCAAUUAGCAAUUGAAAUCGCACUGUUGUCCAGCUUUCAGUGCAUCCUUUCAAUUAGCCAGUCGAUUCGGCGGCUAUGAUUGGUAAGAUGAAUAAUAAAAAUCUCCAAAUUUUAUGUAAAUCGUUCAUAUAUCAUCCCCUGGUUGACUUCUGAUGAAAACGCCUGCGACACAAUUACAAAGCUGAGGAGUACGCAUACCUUAGACGAGGUCAUCACCAGAAAAUCAAAAUGAAUUUUACUCUGUGUGCUGGACUUAUCGUUUUCUUAAUGUCUGAAGUCGUAGCAUCUCAAGCACUUCUCUGUAAGGAAGCAUCUCUUUCUUGUCCUGUGAUAACUUACAAUUAUCGCCGACUUAAAGGCUUCACGUUCAAAACAAUUCACUUUGCAAGCCUUGUAUCCUGUGGUUUGCUAUGUCAGAGAAACCCUCGAUGCGUUUCAACAAAUUUCAGAAAAGUUUCAAAAGUGAGGGAACCUGUGAGUUGAACGACAGAGGAGCUCUCCUUGCUGAGAAAGGAAACGAACUGGAAUACGACGAAGAAGCAAUUUACACCCAAUUUUACGACACGAAGGUAAAAAAAAGUCUCGAUAAAAGACAAAGAAGGUGUUAUUGACUCCUCGAGACACUUGUCUUUCAUUCGUGGUAUCUUUCUCAUAAAAUCUUCAUAUUUCAACGACAGAUGUGAAAACUUUCCAUCUGUCAUAUUUUUCUUUGAAUGUUUUUAUCGUUUGGUUUUAAAAUAGUUUGACGUGUAUGCGGGUAAAAUGGUGGUUUUUCAUCUUUUUUUUAAAGGCGAAUAGACUACAUUUCAUUGAGUGCUGAUAAUCAAUAUGUUCGACGGUCAUUCAAAGUAAAAUGAGCAGUUUUUCCAGAUAACUGGUUAAAUCUCAGUAGUAUUGGAGUCAAUGUAUGCAAACUGCUCCGAAGCUCAAUAAAGUUAAAUAUACUUUAAGUUGAAAGUUCUUAAAUAAAUUUAGGUGAACCAAAAGUAGGUCAUACGGAUUUAGUAUACAAAAUCUAGUAUAAAAUUUAGCUUGAAGCUAAUACUUUCAAGAUGAAUCUAAAAGCCUUUAAAUAGCUCACUAGUGCAGUCUCCAUAGGGUGACGAACCUGGAGGACGUAUUGAUUACCCAAUAAAAUGAAAAAUGAAUGAUUUCUUAUGUUUUCAGCACAACUGUCAGGCCUUCAAGAAAGAUUUAAAAGUCGUCAACUGCAAAUGUAAGUAGCGUUGGUUUGAAAGAUAUUCUUGAGAUUAAUAUCAACGACCUCGUGUUUAAAUUACAAUGAGUUGCUUGUCCUGGCUGCUUCUUGUCUCUCUGCCAAUAGGUGCGGAGUCUACCGUCCUCGCGAACCUUCGCAGACCUUCGCAAACAUUCCCGAACUUGCUUGAAAAAUUCUGAUUCUUACAGCUUCCUUGAAAGUCCUCGAAUGCUGUCAAAACAAAUUGCCAAGGAUAAUUUUUAAAUUGGUUACAUUUAAAUCAAAGUAGAAAUCAAGCCUUAAAUUCCCACGAGUGACCAAGACAGAAUUUCUCCUUACAAUAACCAUACAAUAUCAAUCAGAUAGGUGAUGAGAAUAAUGAAAUAAGUUUGAGUUUUUUUUAGUUGAUCCAGCACCAAAUUCUCAGAACUAGCAUCAUAGGAGUUGUAGGGCAGACAGUAAGGAGAAUUAAUAAUGAGAUCUUGGGCACUAAAGGGUUAAGGAAACAAAAACUGCUGAAGAAGCCGAGGACACUCACUGAGUUAUUCACAAUUUCAAAUGCUGGUGUGCCGCCUACAAAAUGCAUCGCGAAAACAUGAUAGCGUUGAGUCAUCAAUAUGGGGAGCAAUUUGAACAUAUCCAGAAAGUAGACAAAGUAAACUUCAGGGAUCCAAAAACGAUUGGAUACUCCAAAGGUGCCGCAGUAAAUUUUAACCGUUUUGGGUACGAAUUUUCAUUUGUAGUAGAGCUUCGACCAUCACUUGUAAGUCUGAGAGAUUUAACUCACCUGAAAGUUUUUUAUUAUAAUGCUUGAGAUAAAGUGGAAAGGUGAAACUGCACUUACUUUUACAUUUCAAUUCAAACGUUUUCAAAAUCCUCCUUUAUUUCCAUUCAACCGUUUUCAAAAUCCUCCUUUAUUCUAUGAUAAACAAAUCAAUGUCUGUGCGAUUGCAUUUGUCUGUCUCAAUUUCAGGUGCGGAAUCACCAAAAGCCCCAGUUCCCCUCGGCAUGGAAAGCGGUGCUAUUUUUGACUCACAGAUCACCGCUUCCUCCGUGUAUAAUGAUAACCUUGCCGCAUCGAAUGCUAGAUUGCAUUGCAAAGGAUCCCAAAACCCGCUUAGACGUGCUGGCUGGGUAGCUGGAGUGAAAAACAUCAACCAAUGGCUGCAAGUGGAUCUUCAGCAUAUCACAAGGGUAAUAGGCAUAGCGACGCAGAGGAGACAUGAUUUCGAUCAGUGGGUUACUAAAUACAAGCUACAAUAUGGCGAUAAUGGACAAACUUUCAGAGUUUACAAGCGAAACGGAGACAUAUCAGACACGGUAUGAAAAAGUAUGCUUAAUUGAACAAACCUUUUUGCGGAGAAAAAAUCCCCAUGAGGAAUAGAAUCUUUUUGUAUUCUGCAUUCUGAUUCUCUUCCACUGAGCCACAAAGCAGUUACGCUAGGCUGGGCCAGAUACUCUCUGUCAUUGAACCUACAGAAAAGCAUUCACGAAAGUUAUAGGUUAAGAGUAACUCGUAUUGUAAAAUAAAACUUACGCUUGUUAAUUUUACGCCCAAAUAUAUUCUACUCAGGUUUUCCCAGGAAACAAGGACAAAGACACAGUAGUUUACCACGAUCUUAACCCGCUCAUUUAUGUUCGCUAUGUUCGAGUUCUUCCGAUGGCAUGGAAAGGGACGAUCGCCAUGAGGAUCGAGCUUUAUUCUUGUUAA